CAGGGCCGUUAGCCGACAGUAUAACUGUGGCUUCAGCAGGACUCAGAAGCUGUCAGUUCACUCCCUGCCCUCAAACGUUCACUUCCAGGACCUUCAGAGCCAAAGAGAAGGAGACAUGUCUGCGAAACUGGUGUUGGCCCUUAUUGUGGCACUCCAAGUGUCCAUGUGCCUGUGUGCCCCUGAGCCUGACAAGGAGCUGGUAGACAAGUAUGAGGAGCUGAAGGCCACCUUCUACAAACGCCUGCUGAACGCCUACAAGAAAGCCCAGGGUGCCGCGGGCCCCAUCGCCGAGGGCAACCCCCAGGCCUCCAUGAUCAAGGAGUACAUUGAGUCCCUGCAGGCCGAUCCCAAAAUGCAGAACGCCGUCAAAGUCAUUACUGGCAUGGCAGGUGAGCUCGGCCCAGCUGUUGACAGAGCCCGCUCUGGUGCCCUGGGAGUGUACGGAGAGUACCUGCGCCCAUACAUCGGCACCUACCUGGACCACGCCAUCAACGGCCUCAAGCCCGUGCUGGACGCUGUGCUGCCUGCCGACGAGUAAAGCUGCUCUCCCAUUACUUCGAACCCCAACUCUCUGCAAGCCUGUAGACAUGCUGAUUUCACCUGAUGUAUGAGUUACAUAGAGAGAAAAAAAUACACCGCCAUUCUCACUCUGCAGCGCAAUAAUUACAGAUGUAAACAAAAUGUGCUAAAUGCAAGCGAUUUCUUUCUAGCAUUGCAAACCAAUAUAGUAUUACAAACUGUGUGCAUGUAUAUAACUGUGGAUUUGUUAACCAGGAAUGGAUGAGAAGGAUAUCAUCAGGAGUCUGUGUGUGUGUGUGUUUGUCCUGAGUAAAAUAAAGAUGUCAUACACUA